GCUUUAACAUUUUAAAAUUGAAAAGCAAUGAAAAUGCGCAGGUAAGAGAGGGAGAGACGUGCAGCCGAAAUAGCGUAGCGCGCACUCACUUGAGGAGACGCUCUCAUCGGUCAGACCAACUCCGACCUUGACAGCAGAUGAUUCUUGUGCAGAGGCCGAACGAGCCCUCGUGAGCCUAAUUCGCUCCCAUUAUUUAUUUAUAACGCAAUUAAUCGGGCCUGCACACAGCGAAGAGCCUGGCGUGACGGCGUAUCAGAACAAAAACGCAAUUGAGAGGUGGUAUGGACUAAAUAACAUUUUGCAACCGGCGACUGUGCUCAGUCGCAUCCGACUCAUACAACAAUGUGGGCCUAUUUCUUUACUCCUGUAGUAGAGGAAAAGCCACUGCUUGCGAUAAUGCCUACCAGCGGCGGCGGCGGCAACGUUUUCACCUGGUUCUACAAGGAAGUGGCGGACGCGGUCAGUAAAAGCACCACCGUGGUCGCCCUCUACAGGACCUAUCUCGAGUGGGUGCCCUUCAGCGGAGGCCGAGGCAUUGACACCACCGGCCAGAUCAUCGUGGCCGCCGUCUCCGGCGCGGCCGUGACCGCCGUCAUCUGCAUUCGCUGGCUGCAGAUGCACAAAGGCGACUAUCGACAUCUCAAGGACAAACUGGGCCACUUGGCAGUGUUUAUAUCAGGCUGCGACUCGGGCCUGGGAUAUUCGCUGGCCGUGCACUGCCAUGACAAACUUAAAAUGACUGUUUUCGCUGGAUGCUUCAAGCUUGAUGGCGACGGUGCGUUCAGACUGGGCCAAAGGGGCUCCACCAGAAUGCACAUCAUUCCUCUAGAUGUAACCAAGGUGGAAAGCGUUGAGAAGGCCAAGGAAGAAGUCAGCAAGCUCAUUCAUAGCAAGAAUUUAGAACUGACGGCAUUGGUGAACAAUGCUGGUGUGAUGGUAUUUGGUGAAUUCGACUGGCUGACUGAGAAACUGAUAAGGAAUCAGGUUGAGGUUAAUUUACUCGGCACAAUGAGACUGACACGAGCUUUCAUUCCCCUUCUAAGACAAUAUCAUGGUCGAAUCAUCACAAUCAGCAGCCACUGCGCUUUAGCAACCCUGCCAGGCUUGUCGGUUUAUGGCGCAACUAAAACCGCUCUACGAGCCUGGAGUGACGGCCUCAGAUUGGAGCUGAUCAAAUUCAACAUGCCAGUUAUUACAAUCAUUCCAGGAUCAUUCUCAACGCAGAGCAAUAUACUCGCAAUGCAAGGCUUCCACGCCAAGGAAAUGGAGCAGUCAAUGUCGCAGGAAUACAAGGAUCUUUACGGCGAAUACUUCCAGCGCUACAACGGCUACCUGAGUGCGCUUUUCAAAGACAGAGGGCCGAUCGUGCUAACGGACAAGGUGCUCUAUCGCAAAUUCAACCACGCCCUACUUUCCACUUGCCCCAGCGUCAACUACAUCGUGUCUCCCCUGCGCUACACCAUUUAUCAUGCACUUUUUAAAAUUUCGCCGGUCAAGGUCAGAGACUGGCUAGUGCACCGUUUUGUCUCAAUGCCAGAGUGGAAGCAGCAAAGAGUUCGCGAGGAUAGCAGACCAGAAAUCGUGUUGGCCCAACCAGACGAAAAAAUGUUUGAUAAUUAAAGUUAUAAUUGAUAUUCAAAUGAUCUGUGUAUAUUCUAGUUUUAAAAGAGAUUUAAUUUGAUUCAUAUAAAUAUUUCAAACAUGCAAUAAAUCAUAACAUCACCGGCAAA